UGAACAGUCGUUUGAGUAAGAACAAACAUAAAAUUCUUUGCCUUUUGUCGUAAGAAACAGUUGAUUUUGAGUAAAUUUUAAUAAUUCUUUUAGAGAUAAAAAGCGUCGUUGUGUUAAUAAAUUCAGUCAGAAUGACGUAAAGAAUAUUUUCAAAUAGAAAAAUUGUGUAUUUUUGCAAAAUAUUAAUUUUGAAUAUAAAUUCACGUGAAAAGUGAACGUACCCGCAACCACACAUAUAUUUAUUUUUAUCGGCUGUGUACGCAGAGAACGAAAAUAAAAUAGUUGUAUUUACGUUCUCUGCUGCGAUUACGCGAGGGUGAAGCGAUUAAAGAUAAAAGCAAACUUAUAGAGUGAAUGAUAAAACAACAAUAAAGCAACCCCGAAAAAAAUAAAGAAAGGUUCUUCCGCCACAUACGGUUCAACCUGCAGUAUCAAUGAGACAUGCAAACUGUAUUGCAGAACAGCAGCGGCUUCAACAUCAACGCUUUCUGAAACGAAUAUACGAUCCACUUUAAAUUCAAACAGUUUGGUUUGAGUAAUAAAAGUUAAAGUUGACAAAAAUAAUAAAUCGAUUAAAGGCUGUUACGGUUUCAGUAAAUUCUAUGAACUUAAAAGAACUUACAAAGACAAUAGAAAGCUAAUAGAAUACCGUAAAUUAAUUAUAUAAGCAUACCAAUUCAGCGAACGAUGGCGACACUGCGGACGCGUUCGAAAUGGAUAUUAUUGGAAUUUCUUACAGUUUUUGGACUUACACUAUUUACCCAGGAAGCGGUAGCGCACGUGCUGGUCUAUAGGAGAAUAAAUAGUUUGUUUUUCUCUUUUUCGCAGCUAAUUGAACAGUACAAUGAUCUGCCGGCGCAAUUCGGUCCACCCUUACCGGCGAACGGUAUUAAAGUGUUCGCCAUACCAGCCGCAAAAGAUGAAUAUGGCUGUGAGCGUUUGGCAGUGCCGCCACGGGAAGAGGGUUACCCGAAAAAUGCGAAAUUCGUCGUUAUAAUCAAGAGAGGCGGCGGUGCAAAUUGUACUUUUGAGAGGAAAGUGCGCAAUGGGCAGGCAUCUGGUUACGAUGCAGUCAUUGUAUACAAUAAUGAUGGCGAUGAUUUAGAGCAAAUGUCAGCCAGUAAUAGUAGUGGUAUAUAUAUACCCUCGGUUUUUGUUGGCCAUACAACAGGUUUAAAUUUAAUGACCUUCUUUACAACAGAUGUUAUAUUGGUGAUCAAUGAUGAGCUGCCAUUCAAUAUUAAUACCCAAUUAAUUUUGCCAUUUUCGAUUUUAAUUGGGCUAUGCUUCCUCAUUAUGGUGUUCUAUAUGAUUUACAAAUGUGUGCGGGAAGAGCGUCGCUUACGUCGGCAUCGUUUGCCAAAGAAUAUGCUCAAGAAACUGCCGAUCCUGAAAUACACGAAAAAUUGUGACCUCUCACAAGACACAUGCGUCAUCUGCUUGGAAGAGUUCGCUGAAGGUGACAAACUACGUGUACUGCCGUGUAAACAUCCCUAUCACAGUCACUGUAUCGAUCCGUGGUUAACAGAAAAUCGUCGCGUUUGCCCUAUUUGUAAGCGGAAGGUUUUUACGAAACGCCAGUCUCGUGCCGGCAGGACGAAUCGACAAUCUUCAUUGGAUAGUGUAACAGAUACAGAUGAUGACACAACACCGCUACUACCGGCUACAGAAUCAGAAAGGGCCAGCAACAGGCAGAAUAGCGGCACUGCUACCAGUAGCAAUAGCGCCGUUGGUACUGGUCGUAAUGUACAUAAUGUUGCACCUAAUGGUGGUCGACGUAAUGGUCGUAAUGCGACAACAACAACAAGACAUGGUACCUUUAGGCGUGCACCGACAAAUGAUGGUCAUUAUGUCACCGAUAUAGCAUCUGAUGAGGAUAAUAUAUUAUUGUCACAAAAUUCCCCUGCACGACGUGGACGACGUGUAAAUCCCUUUGAUCGCAGGCCGAAUAUACCCCCACAUGUCGUCGAGCAACUAACCACCAAUAGGCGCUCCUUCUGGCGAAUACCACUCUUCAGAUUCUUCCGCCGAAAUCAAUCUAUAAGCAUUUCAGCGCCAUCCUUUUACGAGGAGUUUCCUGAACCACCGAUUAAUGUUACCAUUGCGAUAGAUGCAAAUGCAACGUCAACUGCAUCUCCAACACGUACGGAACGUGUCAGCGCAGAUAGUAGUACGUCACAAACAAUACAAACUAAUACAGCACCGCUACCCGUCGCCCAUUGUUCGAACAAUAUCCUCAAUCCGAAUUUAGCUGGUUCUUUUAAAGAAUGCGACGAGGAUGAUUAUGAUGAUGAUGAUGAUGAGGAGUGUCCACAGCAAUCGAUAUAUGAGCCAGUCUCUGUAGUGACGCAAAAUGAAACAAUUACAAAUGGCAAUGAGGUUGGUGUGUCAAGACAACAACAAUCACAACAACAACAGCAGCAACAGCAGCCAACAACAGCACGUCCACAGCGUACGCAACGCAUAUGAGUGUGAACUCAAAAGAGAAAUGGAGAACUAGAAAUGCUAUAACCAAAUCAGACUUAGCCUGCGAAGAAGUAUGUUGGAGUGAGAAUACAAUACAGAACGUAUAUCUUUUAAAGGAAAAUAAAAUUUAGAAUUAAGUGAGAUGUGGGUAUUGAAAUCGAACACGACUGGAACGCAUCACACCUGGUGCUAUAGUUGCGCGAUAAUCCUCGGCAGAUAUUCACGUUUAGAAGUAAGAAUACACGUUAACACAUGAAAUGGACAUGCAUGGAUAGAGAUUGUGCAAGCCUGCGUGUUUAACAACUGUAAAUUACUAUAGGAUUUUAAUAAUUUUUAAUUGUUUGAUUAGAAUUUUACAAAAUGUGUAUAAAUACAUAUAUAUAAAAUGUGAUUUACUAUUGGCUUCGAUAAUUUACAUGCAUACAUGCACAUACAUUGAUUAGUAUAGGUAAAUACAAACUUUUAUCAUUUAAUAACGUAAAUGCGUGUGUAGUUAGGUAGCAGUUUGGAAACGAAUGCAAAAUGCAACGCAAAUGCACGCAAUAUCAACGAAAAAGAUCAAAAAGAAGAAAAUAAAAUUGUUGCAAAAAAAAAAAAAAAAA